GGUGUGUCUUGCCUCACUGAGUCGCUUUCUUUGAUUAUCUCCAUCUCGGUGACAGCUAAUCAGAAAGAACAACAGAGUCGGUGAAGAACCUUGUCGAAAGAGGAGAAUUUUGCUUUUAAAGCAAUGGAGGAGUACAAUUCCGGAGAGGAGGUGUCCUUCAACGCAGAUGAUGCCAGUGUCUCAGUUAAAGAGUGUAUCGAAGGCAUCAUUGGAGGACUAGACUACAACCAGAACAAAGUGAACCAGUGGACUGCCAGCAUCGUGGAGCACUCUCUCACCCAACUGGUCAAGCAAGGGAAACCAUUCAAGUUCAUAGUAAACUGUGCCAUCAUGCAGAAGAGUGGUGCUGGUCUCCACACGGCUAACUCCUGCUACUGGGACACUGCUACCGAUGGAAGCUGCACGGUCAGGUGGGAGAACCGCACCAUGUACUGUGUGGUGAGUGUUUUCGCCGUGGCCUUGACCUGUUAACGUUCCCCCCCCCCCUUUCUCGCACUGAGCUGAACACAACCUGGCAUGCACCAGCACCACCAAGCCUUGAAGAUGCAAUGCUGAUUACCCAUGAAAAUAAAUGUCUGUUGUACAACAUCUUUCAACCCCACACUCACAAACUUUGACCACUCCCAAUGGGAACAAUAGGAUGGGAAUUCAGUGAUGUUGCUAUAAGUGGUGGAUGCAUAGUGUUGUCUGUGUGUAAAUGUAAAUAGACCAGUAGUUCUAGAGAGAUGCUCAGCAUGGACUAGCAUGGAAAAUGGAACUAACCACACUGGGAAUGAUUCUUCGUUGAAUAAUUACAGAACAUCUUCAACUAUGCUAUACAUGUGGAAUAAUAGGAUUAACUAAAUCAAUACAUCCCAUUUACAGUUUCAAUAGUGUGUCGUAGUUGAGCCACUAUAAAUAAUAAUUGGAGUCUCAAAGCAGAGAGGUCAGGUUUAAUACAUUUCUAACAGAGUGCAGAGAGAGACAUUGGAGGUUCCGUUGGAGCAUUGUAGGUUUAUGACGGUGUACUUUUUCUUUAAGAAUAAAUAUAAUACACAUAUUCUAAGACCAUUCCCUCUAGAUUGUUGAAGUUGUAGCUCUCCUGCAUGUUGUAUCACAUUUACCUCACUAGCCCUUAUCACUUGUGAUAUUAAAUCGACUGAAAAUGCUCAUGACACUACAAGUAUGACUUGUGUUUGUCCAUUGACCUUUGUCAUUAAAUGUAUUAUUGAACUAUCGUCACAUGAUUUCCUGGUGUUUAAUUGAUAUGUCUCACCAGUAAAGCAGGUUGACAGAAAAGCUAGUGAGGUUUAGGAUGGGGUGAAACAAGUGCAACUGCUGGUUUAUUACCUUACACACAUUCCUGUUGUGGUAGUAGUUAUGUUAAAAUUAUCUUUUGUUACAAAUUGUCUAUUUGCUGCAUUGUUGUUCUAAUCAAUUAUAUGUACCCGAUGGGAUGUUAAAAUAAGAUCAAGAGGAAUUAGGAUGCUUACUAAUCACAGAUGUUUAAAACGAGCACUGCAAAUCUUCUUUAAGCCUUUAAUGUCUAAACAUACAGACUCACCUCAUCUAUUAAAACUCACAUGACUA